AUGGUUUCAGAGGCUGCUCCUUUGCCCGCAGCACAGCUUGAGCGAACCACUCUGGCUAUUGAGCUUUUGCGCAACAGAUUUCGGGUAUUGGAGUCUCGCCUCGCUUUCCUGGACGAGGGAGUUUCAGGACUGGCUUCCUUGGUGGUCGACUGGGAGGCCCGCCUCACAGAUCUGUCUUCGCGGUGCAGUGCUUUGCAAUCUGACCUUGCUUCGCUUUGCAGUCAGGUUUCGCUUUUUCAUUCUAGGCAACAGGCCUUUGAGCAAUCUUUUUCUCGGCGCGUGGAGCAGGAGAUCGUUGAAGCCUUAUCUGCUUUGCACCGACGUAUUGAUAUUCUUUGCUAUCAGAGGGCGGACCUUUGGGCCCAGUUUUGUCAUCUCGAUCGUAUGGCUUCCGAUUCUCCGGAGCAUUUUUCCUUUGUGGAUUUGGAGCCUAUUGAGGAGCCAGUGCCAGUGGUCGUGAAGCGUUUUCGUGAGAUGCUUCCUUUGGCUGCUGCCGCUUCUCGGGAGUCGGGGUUGGCCAGUGCCCCUUCUGCUUCUGCUCAGGAAUCGCCGGCUUCUUUGCGGUCGUGGUCUGUGGUGGCCCCGGCCUCGAACGAUGUUGCUCGCGAGCUUUCCUUUGCAGACCUGCGGCCUGAAGCUUCUCAUUCGGUUCCUUUGCCGGGGCCCUUGGACGUGAUUGCUCGGCUUCCUGAGGGCAGCAGGUCUUCCUUUGAGCGCCCGGUGCUUCGUGAUGCUUCUGGUGCUUUGCCUCGGCCCGUGCUUUCUGCCCCGAAGGAGCCUUCUUCGACAUCAUCGUCUUCGCCUUUGCCCCGGCCUUCCUUUGCCCCAGCAGCAUCUUAUGCGAUCCGGUCCUUUGCGGUGGCCGGUGGCAAGAGUACCUUUGCGGCUGCAGCCUCGGCUCCUGCUUUGCCCGAGCCUUCCUUUCGCACCUCGUCGGGUGCCCUGGAAAAGGAAUGGUUGCAGGCUCGCGAUCUUCCCGUGGCAUCUCAGGAUGGUGGAGGCAUCCACUCCAAGCCUGACUGGCGCCUUCGAGACCAUGUGGCUGCUGCUUCGGAUUCUCCUUUCUUUUCUGAUAAGGAGGUCCUUUCUUUUCGCGGGAUCGCCAAUCGGUGGUUCUGGGCCCAGGGUUGCCGUGACGAUAUCAAUUGGGACAAGCCCUCGGGUCAGCCUUACUGUCUUCAUGCUUUGCAUUCCUUGAGUCAGGUGGUGAAGGACGCCGACAAGCAUUUAUUUUUGGCUUUGCUCGAAGGUGUUCCCACAGGCUAUGAUGGCGAUAUUCCCAAGUCUAAUGUUUUUACUCAGCAUGACAGUCCCCCUUCCGAUGGUGACUUGUUGCUCUGCUUUGGGAACUGGACGGGGGCCGAGGCCGACCCCACUUUGCUUUGCGAGCUUUUGCAGAAAGAGGUGGAUGCUGGAUGGUUGGAGACCAUUCCUUUGCACGAGGCUCAGGCUCGCUGGGGCUCUCGCCUGGCCGUGGGGCGCCUCAACAUCGUUAUCGCCCCUGGCAAGAAGCCUCGACUUGUAGUUAUAGUUGACAGCUCGGUGUGUGGUACCAACAGUUGCUGCCAGGUUUUUGAAUCGUAUGCUUUGCCAGGCUUACAACACGUUCGUUUCAGCUUUCCUUUCAGGAUGCACAAUGGAGCUUUGGCAGGCUUUUCUUUGGACAUUGAGGCGGCGCACAAAACGGUUCGUGUUCGCGAACGUGACAGAGGACUUUUAGGGGUGCAGCAUCCGCUUCCAGAUGGUACUUUGCGUUAUCUAUUUUAUCGCGUUUGUCCUUUUGGAGCAGUUUUCAGUGCACAUUGGUUUCAGCGAGUCAGUGCCUUUCUGAUCCGUAUGCUUCACCCCUUCCUUUAUGUGCGCCACUCUCUUUUCAUGUACAGUGAUGAUUUGCUGGGCAUCACGGAGCAAUCGGUGUUGGAGAUCACCUUCGCUUUGGUCCUUGCCGUUUGCGUUUGCUUUGGAUACCCCAUUUCUUGGAAGAAGCUUCAAAUGGGCCCGCGUAUCCUUUGGAUUGGUUGGAGCUUUGACUUCGGCGCUGGGGGAGUCGAAGUUCCUUCCGAUAAAACUUCGAAGUUGCUUGCUGGUCUGCGCGACGUCUUGAGGCAGGACAGGGUCGACAAGCGCGAGCUCCAUCGCGUUAUCGGCCUUAUCCAGUGGAUCCUUCAGCUGUUUCCUUUGCUUAAGCCAUGGAUGAACACGCUUUACUGUGAUUUGCACUCUCCUUUGGGAACAAACUAUAGCAUGGAUCCGGGUGAUUUCCCUUCGAUUGCUGAUUUCUUGGACGACACCUUGACUUUUACUUCGCGCCCUUCGGGGACUGCAAUCCCCUUGGGGUCCAAGCUCCUUUCUGUUCGACACGUCGACAUGAAGCGCAAAAGUGAUCUUGCUCAGGUGCCUUUCACGUCGAAGCGUCUGUGGCUACGCGUGGCUGACCCCGCCAGCAGUCGGCGGCGUCUCUCGCCCGCUUCCAAGCAGUUUCUGCUUUACUGGAAGCAUUGGGCUGAGGACCCUCCUCUUCUUCGACCUUUGCAGGUUCCUUUGGCGUCACCUGUGGAGGCAGCCGCUGACGCCAUGGCUUCUUCCAAUAAGUUUGCUAUAGGCGGGUACGAGGCUCAAGGUGCAGCGUAG